AUAGCAUGUGAGGCAAGGGGUAGAAACAAACACACAGGAAAUUCCAUCUGAAUAUGAGGAAGAACUUCUUUACUCUGCAGGCACUGGAACAGAUUGCGUGAAGACGCUGUGGAGUCUCCCUCACUGGAGAUCUUCCAGAACCAUCUGGACACAAUUCUGUGCCAUGUGCUCUAGGAUGACCCUGCCUGAGCAGGGAGCCUGAAUCGCUGUGGUCCCUUCCAGAAGGACCGAUUCUGUGAUUCAUCUCCCGCCCGACUUAACGCUGCAGACCUGCGGGAACACAGCCGGAGACCACAGCGCGGGCGGGAGCCCGGAGUGCCCGGGUUCCCCGGGGCUGUGCCGCACCGCCCUCCGGAGCGGGUCCCGCCCGCCGCCCUCGCCUUCCCCAGGGCUGGAGCUGCCUCGGGCCCGCCCCCGGCGGGGAGUGGCCGGGCGGGGGCCGCUUUCCGCCCGGUGCGGGCCGGGGCCGGGAUCGGGGUCGGGAUCGGGAUGUGGCGGGCGCAGCCCCGGCCGGGCGGUGCGGACGGGCGGCGCGCAGAUUGUUUGGGAUACGUGGUUCUCCCAACUCCACGAGUCCACCAAGACUUUCUGCAAACACUUCAGUCGUCCUUGCCAACAGUUUAAUAGAAAACAGCUCAUUCCUGUUUUGAUGAUCCCCAGCAGUCAAUGCCGGCAGGCUCUCUUCGUAGGAAGAAGCUGGCGAGGAGGCCUGGGUACAUGAGGCCAGAAGCUCAGCGCCAGAUCGAGUUUCAGUGCCUGGGUGCCUGCACAGGGCUCAGCCCAGCAGGGCUCCAGCACGGCAGGCAGCACCCUGGGGGCUCUGAGAGCUGUGCUCUGCACAGACAGUGCCGAGAGGACUUGGGGUUCCUGCACUGCAGAGCAGUGAGCAGUGCUGGGGCUCCUGCUAAUGGGGUGACAGCCUUGGCCGCCACUGGAAAUGCUCCAGGAUGCUGUGAAAAUCUUUCAUGCUGCAAAAGUGCACGGUCAGAUAGCACAGGGACAGGGACCUGCCCUGCUCCCACAACAGGCAAAGGAGAUGCUUCUGCUGUGUGCUGUACGUGGCAGAAAAGCUGCAGCACCAAAGCAAGCAAGCCCUCAAACAUGUAUGCUUUGGAUCAGACAGAAGUGAAUAACAACUGUGAAUAUCAAAACGGAGACGGUGUUUCUCAUUCUGCUGGUGCACAUGAUAGCUUCAGUUCAAGUUUCAGCUUCAUACAGCUCUCCCUGGACUCGGCCUCUGGAGCAAAUGAUGUUGAAGGCAAAUCUGUUGAGGAAGCUGAGAUGGUUCUGCAUCCCAAAACCACAGGCAGUCUGCAGAAGCCAGAAGAGAUGGCACAAACCCGUGAGCACUUGGGAGAUUUGUGUUGCUUCUCCAGGUCCGGUGAAGAUUUGCAGCAUGAACAUGAGAGCCCAGUAAAUGAUAAAUUACAGGACUGUGAGACUGUCUCUCUCUCGGAUAUAGAUGCAACAUUUUCAUAUUCUACAGAUUCCUCGGAUGCAGCAUCUGCUGGCUCUUCUGUCACCUCAGGCUAUGAAAGCAGCUUCACUGUCAGCGACCACAACUGGGAUACUUUGAUGAAAAAAUAUGAACCAGUGCUACAGGAUUGCUUGCUUGGCAACCGCAGUACAUUAAAGUUAAAAUCCCUGAUCUUGCGGCUUCAGAGGCUUCAGGAAAAAGCAAUAGAAGAAGAUGACUAUGAUAGAGCUGAUAAAUUUAGACGGAAACUGGAAGAACUGGAGAAGGAGAAAAAUUCUUUAAAAUUUCGGCUUCCUUCAAGGCAUCCCUCAGUUAGCAGUUUUUUGGAUAGGUUCAUGACCCAAGUUCGGGCAACACUGCACUGGGCUGCUGAUCAUUGGGCUAGACAUGAAGAAAAUGGUCUUUGUCAUGAAAAAGAGCAGAGACUUCAGAGAUCAACCUCCCAGGAGAGGACGCAGGUUUCGGCCACAAAACGAAACCAGCUUUUUCAAGAGAAGAAACGAUUACAGAAAGAAAUUGAAGAUCUCCGAACAAGGCUGGCCAUAUUAGAAGGAAAAGAUCAACAGCUGAGAAGAGAAAUUGAAGAACAAGAUAUGCUUAUUCAGUCACAGGACUGUGAACUGGCUGCUUUACUUGGCUGCAUUUCUUUAAGAGAGCUGCAGGAAAUAAGCAAGGCUGUGGAUGACACUUUAGCAUCCUCCUAUCGAAUUCCAUUCAGUUUAGAUCUUCCAGGAGCAAUAAAGAGCCUUCAGGAGAAAGAACAAUUGUUCAGCGCAUCCAUUAAAGAAACUACUGCCAAAGUUUGCACGAGCCAGAAACUCUGCACUACUUUGAGGAGGAAAGUGAGUGAUAUUGAGACUCAGCUACCAGCUCUACUUGAAGCCAAAAUGCUGGCUGUUUCAGGAAGUAAUUUCAGCACUGCAAAGGACCUUACAGAAGAAAUAAGAUCAUUAACAUCUGAGAAGGAGGGACUGGAAGGACUUCUCAAUGAACUGUUGGUUCUGAGUGCCAGAAAUACGAGAAAAUUAGAGAGAAUCAAAGAUGAUUAUACCAGACUGAAACAAGAACUUGAGCAAGGAGAGACUGCCUUUGUGACCAGUGUAAAAGAAAAUGCUGAGAGAUACAUGGAGGUUCUGGAGGAUAAGCUGCAUAGCUGCGGGAGCCAGCUGCUCCAAAGAGUGUGGGAAGCUGACUUGGAGGCCUGUCAGCUGUUGAUCCGAGGGUUCCAGCUGAAAGAAACCAGUUGCUGUGUUUUUGAGGAGGAAGAGAACCAAAUGGAUGAGAUGGAGAUGACUGCUGAUGCCUCACCUGAUUCUGGAAAAAGAAAAGAAGGUCUCUUUCUAAAGGGCACAGAGUGGGGUGCUGUUUCCUGCCCCAAACACAGGGAGAUGAAAGAGGUUAUAGAAGACAUUGCAUUUGGACCAGAGGGUCAUUUAUCUGAGGAGUUCUUCAUAUUUUCUGCAGAGCUGGGAGAAAAAUGUGAAGCAAUAAGUGAGAAAUUGGUGCAUCUGGAAGAUCAAUUACAAAGUUCCACCUGCAGAGUUGAUGAAGGAGUUAUUCAUAUCCUUUUCCCUAUAGCUAUAGAUACAUAUCAAUCUGUGUAAGUAUGCACAUGAGACAUUUGCCUUUCAGAUUCACAGGGAAUGCUGGUUCUUAGUGUAGGUUAGAUACAUUAGGAAUGGGAGAAAUUAUUGUCUUGCUGAAAUGGGCAUUUUUGUGUAUUAAGUUUUCCUAUAGUGCAUUUUCCCUGUGGUCUGAUCCAGCUUUAAUUGAUUUAAACAGAAGUUCGUUCUUUGUAAAUUACGUUUGGGCACUGAAAAGUCUUUAUUUUACUGUUAAAUUCUUCUUGCUGGUAAUGCUCAUAUAAUUAAAUUCGUAGUGCACCAAAAGCUGCAUGGAUAUGAGUGUCCAUGCACCUGCAUUUCCCAACAUGAUUUAGCUGCAUUAGAUUAUUGACUCACACUGUGUAUGUUGACAUUAUUGACUCAGACUGUGUAUAUUGUCACCUAUAGACUGGGUUUUUUUUCUUUUUUUUUUUUUUUAAUGGGCAACAGAUGCAUCAUUUGGCAUCCUACACAUUUUAAUCUGCCUCUAACCCUCCAAUGCAAGUAAUCAGAUGAGAUGUUGUCUUGUGCACACGUAUCUCCUCCUGUGCUUUAUCUGUCAGUUUUUCUGAAGAUUGCUUAACCUUUAUUAGGAAUUCCUUGGCCGUUUCUCCAAAUUUAUGAGCACAAAGAUUUGUUUAAUUUGUAACUUUCAUAGGAAAAACUUUCAUCAAAGAGGUUUUGUUCUUCUAAGAGAGGGUAAAGAAAGUAAGAGCCAGUGAAGCUGGCUGAGGAAGAUGAGAGUACUGAGCUGGUUAGGUUUUAGGAGGGAAGAGGUGGCAGUCAAGAAGAUCAUGAAGAAAGAUAUGUUCAAGGUGCAGAGAUUAGCAGAGGAGCCCAUGGAGACAAGUGAAGGCGAAUGGGGGUGAUGACAGUGCUAGAAAGGAUUCAGUUCAUGCUAAGAGAAGGUGGAACAUCCUGCAGAGGAUAGUUUGGAGAGAAUUUCUCCAUUCUAGAGAAUGGAGAAUAAAUAGUGUGUGGAAAUAUUACUGUGAUUAAGUAAUUGAGCAUCUAUUGCAAGUUGUUGGGAAAUUCCUAUUCUAGAAACUUGGUUUCUUUAAAGGUAACAGAAGGAUAAAGUACCAGGGGCAGAGGGAAGGAAGGAUGGUGCUGGUGGAAGGGGAUUUGUGUCAGCGGAGAGAAAUCCAGUCAGUAAUUUGUGCUUUGAAUGUUUCCUUUCUAAGCAUUUCCAUAUACACACAAUGUACAGAAAGAUUAUUCAACAUUCUUUUCAUUAUAUUUGCAGUGUUCAUGCUUUGUUGCAGUUGUGUUUCCCCAGUGCAUUCUUUUCAGAGCUGUAGGGAUGUGUCUAGUGUGUGUGUGCACGCAGAGCACUCAAUUCCUUUCUCCCUUGCGUGUAUUUACUCUCAAAUGACCUUUCUCAGUGGCCCUUGUGAAAAAACACUGAGGGCUGUAGUUACAUGUUCUUUGGAGGGGACUUAAGUUAAUAUUCAAACUGAACAGUCCCGCCUGAUCAUAGUUAUACUUUACUAGGUUAGGUGAAAUAAGCUAGAAAACUGCAUUUUUGGUUCCAGAAAAUAAUCUGCUACAUAUAUGUGAAAUAGUAGUGUUUCUUGCGUUCCAUGGAGCGUGCCUAUUUCUUCACAGCUGUUGACACUGCAAGAGUUAGUUAAAAAAAUAAGAUUAGUAAUUGGAAAUUUCAGGAGUGUUGUAGAUUAGUCUCAUUUUAAGGCACAGUUUUCUGAUACAGAUCUGACUUCCCUAUCAGUGAAAUUCAGCUCAUGUUAUCUAAAUACAGAAAUGCGCAGUGUGUGAUAUCCUGGCCCUAGCAAGACCAUCAGUUGCAUAAUAAGAAACCAUGUUUAAAACAUGGGGAUGUACAAAGAAACAGUUCAGCAAUUCAGUUACCCCUCAUUAACAUUCGGUUGCUAUUUCAGAGGUAGUCCAGGUCAAUGUGCAUAAAAUGUUACCAUCUGGUACAUGUAAUCACUGUGCUGUACUUCAAAAAGGAAUGAGAAAAAUAGCUACCACAAUGCUACAGACCUGUAGAUUUUUUUUUAAUAUAUGAAGACUGCUCAGUGCCUGUAAAAUUAACUUUCAGUCAUUGAUAACUUGCCUGUAUUGCAGGAACAAGCACUAAGACAAGAGACAACAAUUAACCUCAGUAGAAGAAUUUAUUUAAUAGAUGAAUCUGUUGUUUGCAUGGUAAUCCAUUUGAUUUUAGAAAAAACAAUUUCCUAUCACAGAUACUGGACAAUCAUGCAUUCUUCAUUAAAAAUCUGAGAGCAGGAGCCUAAAGAGCUGAAAUAGUAAUAAAAGCACAAUAAAUUUUUCCAAGUCCAUUCACUGGUUCUUUUCACCCUUCCCAUAUUCCUCCAAAAAAACUGCCUUACACAUAAAUGUUACAAAAUAUAUUAGGUCAAAUAUAUAACUGGGGGAUGCACUGAUGUAAAUUAGUGCUGCGGUCUGAAAAAAACUAAUUCCUGAUUAUCUCGAACCAUUUGCCAAUGUUUAGUAUGUGUCAUAGCUUUGAUUAAUAAUUAAGUCAGUAUUAGAAGAAAAAACCCAGAUGUCAUUGUUUUUCAUUCUAUGUUUUGAUGGCAGAGCACACUUAAAUCAACCAUGCUGCUCAUCAUAAGUGCCAGCAUGACCUGAACAAAGGAGAAAUCCAAUGAUAUCUCUUGGCCCUGAGUAUAAGCACAGACCUACUUGCAAUUCUAAUUUAUUGUUGAAAUCUUUUGUGAAAAGCACUAAACUGCCCUUCUAUAUAAAAAGCUUCAAACAACAGGGGCAUGGGACUGGAUGCAGGAGCUCUCUGUAGCACUAGGACAUAUUUGCUAAAUUCUAUGUAGUAUAACCAAACAAACCUACAAAAUAUUCAAUUAUGGUUGAUCAUUAAUGAGAGUAUGAAAACAGUCCACAUCAUUAAUUGGAAAAACCAAAGGAUGAGAGGUGACUCAUUCUGGUGUCUGCAGAGCUGAUGAGAGGUGUUACUCUCCCGACAGUAAGGGCCUGGAAUUCCCACUAAAAUUAAAUGGAGCCUAUAUUGCAAUUUCACAGUCAUUUUGUGUUCUUAAUUAGCAGUUACAUUUUGAUAGACAAUUUGAAUGCAUGUAAUAGUUCCUCUUGGUGGAAAUGCUUUGUUGGAAGAAAACCUGGCGGUAGUACUAUUACUAACACAAUCUUCUUUCCUUGCCCUAAAAUGAGCAUUUCAUUCAGUUAUUUUGGAAGCAGAAUUUUCUGCCUAAACAUUCAUUAAACACUGUAGGUCACUUUGCCAACCUUUCACCUUUAUCCUGCAGCAGGCUCCCAUACUAAUCUUGCUUUACACCAGAGCAGGUUUUCAAGAGAAUGAUGUACAAUUUAGCCCUCUCUGUAGCUCAGUCAGGAAUGUCACUGUGGGUGAACCUGUAAGAGAUUUUGGGAUCCUACAAGAGUCAGAGGUGGCAAUGGUGCCCUUUUGGAUUUUAUUUUAGAUGACAGGAUGUGUCACACAGAGACCAUGGUUCCACUUGCAUAGUUUAUGCUGUGAUACAGGUAGGUCUAUCCUGUAUAGUUUAUGCUGUGAUAGAAGUGUAUUUCCACCCAGGUCCUGCAACUUCUCUGCCUUCCAUUUUCUGCUGGAACAAGCAAUUUUAAAGUAGCUGAUAUUCAGACCACUGAAGGGUUGCAUUUUUCAACAGUCAUUCUGUUGCAGUUUUUUGUUUAGUAGUUUUUGGGGGAGUAUUUUGGGUUUUUCAUUGGAGGGGUAUUAUCUUAGUUUAUAGAAAGAACAUUCAUGGCUGUGAAGGAGGGGGGCAGUAAUCAAGGGGGUAAUUGAGAAAAUUCUGAUUGGUUGCAGUACUGCAAAUACCCCUGUAUUUUGUAAGAAGUGAUGGAUUUCCAAAGGGCAUUUUGCUUUCUUGCUGUGACACCAUACAGGCCUCAUACACAAGCAGUAGGGACUUGCUUAGUGUCUUUCCCUUUUAUUUCUGUUCUUCAAGAACAAAUUUCUUCUUCAGAUGUCAAAAAAACAUUGUUACUCUCCAAAAGCUCAUUAUCUCAGCAGCAGUAGUCCUUCAUUGUCCUUCCAGUGUCAUUUAUCCUAUAAUAUGUACUCUUAGGUUCUAACCUUUCCUAUAGGAAGGCAGCUGAUUGAUAUCUACUUUUUGUCUCUUUUCCCUAAACAUCUGGGCUGAGAGAUCAGAAGCUGCAUUUGAGCAAAAUGAUCCCAUUUUUUCCAAAACUUAAGUAAGUCUCUACAGUAAUUAGAUCUGCUUUUUAUCUACCUACAAAUCAUGGGCUCUGAGUUGAUGCUCAAGUUUUUCAAAGAGACAAAGUCAAAUAGGUGAAAAGCUUCCAGCAAGACAGUGUUAGGCUUGCAGCAUUGCUGAAUAUGGGUUCCAUUUGUGUGAAUAUGGGUUGCACUUGUUCCCAAGUACUUCAACUUACUGCAUAUUUGACACUGUAGAGAUGUUUUCAGUUUUCAGUGGAAGACAGCAGAACCAGAAAAUAUUCCUAGUUCAAACUUGUUUUCACUCCUGCCUUGGAUACUGGCUUAAUAUUUGCAGCACUGGAUAGAGAAUUUAAGUAUGAAGGACAAAUUUGCAUGUGGACCCAUGAAAAACUGUUUAUUUGCCUUUUUAAAAGGGGUGAAGCUGUUUAUUCAGAUAUAACCUGUGUGUGGAUAGAGAUGCCAUGCUCAGCCAUAUACCAUGUAUUUGUCAUAGCCAUAAUGGCUCAUUUGACAGUUACUUGUCUACAUAUGAUUGUGGUGUUAUUUAUGAGGUUAUUGGAACUUGCUCUAUUUAGACUAUGCAGUCAUCUUUUUUGUUGCUCCGUCUUUCUGUUGCUUAACAGAUUUUUUUCUGUCUUGCUCAUUUCCUUCCAUCCUUUAAGAUUUCUCAUCCACUGUCACUGAAACAUUUCAAUUUUGCUUUUUCUCUCUACCUGAGAAGAAUUUUGUAGUUGCCUUGGAUAUUACAAGUAACAGCAUGUAGUCAGAGACUACACAUCAGAAUUAAUUAAACUUCAGAAGGUUUAUGGUGUUCAUGGACUGCAGAAUUUAUGUUUACCAGUUAGGUUUUCAGCAGAGCCUCAUGAUUAAGUUGCAGAGGGGUGGAGAACCCAAGACUUAGAAGAGGAUAAUAAUAUCUUACUUCAGAAAAGAUGGAAAGCAUAAUUAAUUUGUCCUUGUACAGUGCUUUGUGAUCCUGGGGUAGGAGAAGCUUUGUGUGUAUUGCUACUACUUGUAAUCAGAGACAGGAGCCCUUUAGAUUAACAGAGCUGUCCAGAAAUUAGAAAUAUGCAUGAACAUAUUUAAGAGCAAAACAUCAUAGCAAAUGCAUGUAAAUACACAGAGAUGAAAUUCUGAGGAAUUGGUAACAGAAUCAAAAGCAGCCAAGACUUUUCAAAGACAUAAUAAUGGCUGCCUGAAAGAGCUGUGGUUGGUAUAGCUUUACCACGAUCCACUCCCAAUUUUUCAAAAGUAGCAACUUAGUUUUUAUAGUCACAUAACCUGAGGCCAUCUCUUUUCUUGACAUUGCAUUGACAUUGGGGUCAAGUAAAACAUUUACUAAUAUAUGAGCUCUACAAAGGACAAAGACUGUCCUUGUGCAUUAACCUUUCUGUGUGUUGUACUUUUGAAACUGAGUUGUUCCACUGUUACCCUGUUUCACUUCCCCUGAAGUGAGGUUCUGGCAUAAUUUAAUGACAUACUGCUAGAUAUGAACCAAUUUCUCUCUUUUGGGGUCUUUGCCCUUCACCCAUACCUGUCCAGGAGGCCUCAGUAGGGGUGGGAUGGGCCCCAGGGUCUGUUCAUAGACUUGGUCAUUGAUUUACCAUUUCUGCAGGCUCUGACUUGCCUCUGCUUGCUUUCUUCUCCACACAGAGUAAGCUAUAGAAGAGAGGAUAAAAUUGGCUGUCUCACUGAGCUACACCCAGUCCUUGACCUUCUUCCAACAAUGAAUAGUGUUGCUGAUUUAAGAUUAUCAGCAGAAAGGCCAGUAUCUUGGUAGUACAAACUUAUUCCCAGUCACAGCACAAAAAGCUGCGGUGCCAAGGAAGCCUAGCCACUUAAAGGCUUGUGCACGUGUCAGUAGUUGCUACUGUCCCUGUGCGUGUCCCACCUGCAUCUGCCAGUCCUUGUUGCCAGCAUGUGGCACCCUCCCUCUUGUCAUUGUGGAGUUGGGGAGAGAGGGAAGUGGAAGGUCUCUUUCAGAGGCUGAGCCAUUAACCAUCAGUUUCUCCCUGAAUUCAUUGCAGGAACUCUGAACUAGACAGAGGAAAAUAAAAUGUGGAAAACACUUUCUCACCCAAAUUAACCAAACCAAGCAUUUUAUACUAAUUACUGGAUACUUUUCUGGUGGCCUUCUUCCUUUUAAUACACAACUGUACAACCUUGUUACCGCUCUCUUUGCUUUUCAGCUUGUUCAAAGCAUUCCCUGUGGAGUCUCGUAUAGUUUAUAUUUGUGUGUUCUGCACUAUAAUUAUAAUGAUAAUUCAGCUAACAUGAAAGCUUUCUAGGAAUAAGUGUAGCAGAAACACUUUCUCUGCUAUAAUCUGAUUUUGCUCCUUACCUGGAUUCCCACCCCACCUUGCACAGCACACGUUGAGCUCACUAAUUCCACACAAGCUGUGGUCACUUGGCAUUUCUUUAAGACUGCUUCUGUUGCCUUCACCUGCGAUCUGAUCCACCCAGGUCUGUGUUUCUGGCAUAAAAGUCCACCCUCCAUCUAUCAGGGAACUCACACCUAGUGCUGCUGUCUCCAUGGUACACAAUAUUUUUUGCCUUCCUGCCUUCCUUCCAACAGUAUCCCCCAUCCCCUCCCUUUUUUAAACUGCUAAAUAUUGCUACUUGAGAAUUUGAGUUUGUCUGCAUUUUUCUUUUGCUAGCAAGUGUGAGAAAUGUAUUAAUAUUUAAUCCAAACAAUUUGGAAGAAGUUGAAGCUACAAUUAGAUAGCCACGGCCAUCUGUUGUGAGCAGCAGAACAAGAAUGUACUUAAUAACUUGGAAAGAGAAAAGGGACUGCCAAUCACCUAUAGAUUAUUCCUUAAUAAAGCUUGCACAGUCUCUGCAGAGGGAGAUCCAGGUGGUGAAGGAGACACUCCAGACCGUGCUGGUGCAACUUCAGUCAGCCAAGGAGGCAGGAGAAGAAAAGGCUGGAGACUUCCUCUGCGACAGCUGGUGUCCAGGAAAACAAGACUUGGAGGAAUAAUGAGCAGAAAGAACUGGUAGGAUGACAUUAAUUCACAAAGGGCUGCUUUUAGUAACUGAAUACUGUUUUACUAAGCCUCAGGGAUCUCUUCUCUCCCUUGCAUAACUAAUAACUAAAUCAAUUAUGAAGAAACAGAGCCUGGAGGUCUAUCAUCAGAAGUAUGCUACGCAGCCUCAUAUGUUUUGGCACAGAUUGGGAAACAGCUUUCAGAGCAGAGCAGCUCCUGUAAAUGUGUAGAUUACAAAUUGAUACAUUUCAAGUGAGUCUGCAAAGUUGCCUUUAAUGUCAGUGAAGUGUUCUCCUUGAAGGCUCAUAAACACUGUCUUCCUCUACUCAUGGAUUUUUUCCCCCUGAUUUAAAAAUGCAUCAUUAAAGCUGGAACAUCUAGUAUUUCUUGGAAAAUAGCUCUAAGAAUAAUAAGAAUGUUUUUCCCCCCCUUUGGCUUUAACAGCUUUCUUACACUGAAUGUGUUUUCACAUUCCUGCCAAUAAUUAAAUCAAUAGGGUGAAAUUCAAGCUACCCAUGUUUUUUCAACUAAAAUUUGGACCUCGUUUGCUCUGUGGUAUUAAGUACAGUGGAGGUAACUAACAGCAGCCCCUACAGGAGUAGUUUAACUGAAUUUAUUUAGGUAUUAUUAUAAACUUUCUUUAGUAUUACAGGAGUUGUACAGCAAGAAAAGGAUCCUAUGUUGGUGAUUUGUGUUGCUUAUAUUUAAGUAUUGUAUGAACAAUGUCUUUUAAGUCUUGUCGUAAAUAUUACUGCCAUUACUUUGCUCUUCCCUGUAAGAUUCAGAAGUAAUGCAGGGGUUUUUUUGCAAGAUACAUAUACACAUGUCGCUAUAUACACAUGAAUAGUUAAACAUGUAUUUUUUAUAGGAAAUAAAAGCAAUACUCAACUAAAGACAACUGGAUAAUUGUUCAAAAGAGUUAAUAUCAUCAAAAAUUCAUGUGUACUUCUACUUUGAUACCAAUAUAUCUCUGAUAGCAUAAAAAUUCUGUUGCAGAGGGAGAAUUUAAAAAAAACCCUCAUGAUUUUUAAAAAUACAAUAGAAAUUGUCCUGCAACUCAGUACUGUACUUUUUGAUACUGUUUUCUGACAUUCUUAGAAUUAACUCUUCUAUUUCAAUUACUGAUUUUAUAGCCAUGUUGCAUUUUUGCAAAUUUUGAAGGUCAUUUGACUACUUUCCCACUAAGAUCCUGUUCAUUUUUUGUGUGUUUUAAUGCUAGUUGAAACUUCUACCUCAGUGUUAAGUAUGGAAGGAGGGAAGAAAAAAAGUGCCAGGCAGCUGAGACAUACAAGAGGAUUCUAAUUUCCUCCAGGAGCAUAUGGUUGUCAAACCAGGGCAGCAGAGCUCAGGUGGUUUCUAUGGUCAUCAGAUCCUCAGGGUUGAAUUACAACUCUGCAAUUCAGAACAUGGUUGGCUUUUCUCACUGAGUAAUGUACUCGAUGGGUAUAUGGGCCAGCAUCCACGCUGUGCUAAAGGCUCUUGGAGCCCCAGCUUGCAUGGACUCUGCUAGUGAGUUCCUUAUGAAGAUCUCUUGCUGUUCUGCUUGACAAGUUUCUCUCUCCACAUCCCUGUUCAAUACCUACCUCCCCACCAUAGCUCUGGCACCUUCUGAAGCUCCCUUGAACAGAUGUACAAGGUGUUUGCUGCCUCCAGCUCACGGCACGAGACAAGUGCAGGUGGCACCCUGACAUUCAGCCCAGCACAGGACCAGCUCCAUGGCAAAACCUGCCUGCCAGAAAGCACUCAUGGAAACCCACCUGAGUUCAGGUAAACAGGAAAGGGAGCACACUGACAAGAUACAUCUCUUAAAACUGUUUCUUUAACACCCAUAGAAGCUCCCUGGGGUUCAAUACCAUAGGGGGCCCAGGUACUGCAUUUCCAGCAAGGAGCAUUUACACAGGACCAUGGGAUGAUGGCCAGUACACUAAACUGAAGUUGCAUGAUGCCUCACUUUCCUACCUUGCAGAGUUUUGUCCUUUGAAUACUUAGUGCCUGCAAUGUAAACAGUUGCUAGGCCCUAGAAGUGCCUAGAGCCAGGAUCAGCUACAGCUGAAGCAUCAAGUGUGCCCCCUUGCAGCAGCAAGGGCUCAACAGCAGGAAUAAGACCUGACCAUCACAGGGGCAGGACAACAGCACCCUCACUCCCACUGGCAAGGUUUCUUGAACAUUCCCAUCCAAUUAAAAAAAUUGUGUGGUUUUUGUGUUUCAAAGCUUCAGAGCACUACUGCAUUUUAAUAAAAACUCACUUUAGGCAACCACUCUAGUAAGACACUGAAUUUCUAAGGAGAAGGGAAACUGAAUCAGUCAUCAUUCAUGUUAUGUUUGUAUCGUUAACAUCUAUUUUAUAUGUAAGGUGGGCUACUACUACUCCUUUAAUUUAUUGUUCCAUUAACUUCGCUGUUUGUUGUGGGAAGUUAGAGCCAGUAACCAUCCCUUUUCUCAGACACAUUUGGUAAUAAGCAUACUUUAAAAAAAGGUAUACUAUGCAAUGUAUCGACUGCCUUUUAUUGUGAAUAGAAAACUUUCAAAUAAAGAGAAAUAUGUUUUUAACUA